AUGAACAUUCAAGAGACACAGAAAGAGAAAAAAGAAGGACAGAUUGGUAAACAGAACACUAUUUAUGUUGGAGACAUUCCAAUGGCCACAACAGAAUCAGAAUUAUUCCAGAUAUUCUCAAAAGUAGGACAGAUAUACACCAUAAGCAUUCUUAGAAAGGAAGUAUCAAUAGUGAAGGACAAAUGCUAUGCAUAUGUAACAUUCUUUGAUGAGUCAUCAGUUCCCAUAGCAAUAGAGACAUUUAAUUUCUACAGUUUACACGGAUCGCAGAUAAGAGUGAUGCCAUUUAAUAAGGAGAGUGUAGUGGGCAACAGAGAGGGGAAUAUAGUGAUAAAAAAUUUGCCAAAGGAAACUGACAAUCAGACGUUAUAUGAUACAUUUAUUGUCUUUGGUCCUAUUCUUAGCUGUAAAGUAGUAAAAAACAAUUUAUCUGAGUGCACUGGUGUUGGGUACAUCCAGUACAAGGAUCCAAAGGUUGCAGAGGUGGCCAUCCAGAUGAUCAACAAGAUAGUACUUAAUGGGAAGAAACUGUGUGCCACGCAGUGCAUACCCAAUGAUAAAAGAGAAAAGAAGCGGGAGAACGUGGCCAAAAUAUUUACGAAUAUUUAUGUUAAGAACUUCCCUGCUGGAAUAACAGAGGAAGAGAUUGAGGCAAAGCUGAAGGAGUAUGGAGAGCUUACUUCCUUCCUAGCACCGCGCACAGAUUCUGGCGAGAUGCGGGGGUUUGCGUUUGCCAACUACCAGACGCACGAAAUGGCAGCUGCCGCAAUUGAAGCACUCCACGACAAGCCAUUCCCAGGGUACCCCGAAGGAACUGAGAAUUUGUACGUGCAGAGGGCCAAGUUGAAGAAUGAGAGAGUAGAGGAGAUGUUAGAGUACUUCUCACAGGUACCAGAGCACGAGCGCAGAAGAAAUAUUUACAUUACAAAUCUGCCAGGAGAGUUGAAUGAAGAAGAUGUGGUAAAAUACUUCAGUAAGUACGGGCCAAUAGUUACGUAUAAGCUAGGAACAGACGCAAAGAACAACAGAUCGUACGGGUACGUAUUCUACCAGAAAGCAGAAGAUGCAGCCAAGGCAGUAGAACUGGCAAACAAGAGCGAAUACUGCGAGCAGACACUGGAUGUGGCAUUCUUUAAGUGCAAAAAGCUGAGAGAGCUAGGCAAACCAACAUACAAUAUUUAUAACACGGCAGCAGGAAACGGUGCAUACGAUCCUGCGAAUGGAAAGGGAAAGAAAAAAGCACAUGUAUCACCUGCAGCACAGGAUAAUGGCUGCACUGCAGGAUACCAGCUAUACACGCUCAUCCUGUCUCUGGCACCAAACUACACAGAAAAGAUAUCCCAGGCAGGUUUUGCUAAUGAAGAGGAAUUUGCAAAAAAGAUCACUGGAAUGAUUCUGGAGUUAGAUGCAGAGGAAGUCAAGAGAGCGGCUGUUUUGGGCAAUGUUUUAUCUAAUUAUGUGGAAGAGUCUUUAGAGGAGAUUAUUAGGGAUCAGAAAAGGGAAGAGCCCGCAGAGGACAAAGCAGUAGCCAUAGAAUAAAUAAAUCACUACAUAAUUUACUAACUUAAAAAUGGAGAAUCCAAGGAUUGAACUCGGGACCUUGUACAUGCGAAGCACACGCUCUACCACUGAG